CUCAACAUUUCCGCUAGCUUCACAUAGGAGGAAACAAUCCUUUGACCGGUUGAUUUGAUUUGUUUAUUAUUGUUGUUGUACGCUAGGCAGCCAGCUUGAAUUUAGUUAAAUGUGCAGACGUCUACAAUAAUGCAGACGCAAUUCGAUAGCAUACCCGCCAGUUUUGAGUCAGAUUUUGAACGCGUUUCUCACUGUUCAAGCGAUCAUCCGGCCAGUACAAAGGAGGUUGAGAUAAAAUACAUUUCCCAUCACGUCGGUGUGAGUCACAAGCAGGCCUGUUCCGAUCUCGAGAGAAUUGGAGAGUGCAUCACGGAAGCUUUACAGUUCCUGACUCAGAACAAAGUCGGUGAGGCUGUGGGGGAGAUACUCUGCAUUCACCUCCAGAGGGCAUACCAGCUAAUCACGGAAGCAAUACAGAGUGAAGUCCAGCGGAAUACAUCUCUGUGCGUGUUGAUUACUCAAGUGACUGGAAGGCUGGAGAGCGAGCCCAAUAUUGUGAAAACGGAAUCUGGGCAGGAUGCAAUGACAACGACUGGAAUUAAGGACGAAGCUAUGGAAGGUUAUGCUGUGGCUGAUGCUAUUAAUGGUGAUGGUGGUACUGAUGCUGCUCAAGAUGGUUGUCACGGUGAAGGUGGGGAUGUGAGGACUGCAAUCAGUAAGAUCAAGGAAGAAGUUGAAGACAAUUAUGAUGAUGAUGAAGAUGACGCCACUGACGACUCUGAUGCUGAUGGUGGAGCUGACGCCUUUAUGGAACAGUCCACUCCUUCACCUGAUGAAGACAUCAACACAUUAGAACAUGAAGAAUCAGACGUGGCUCCAGUCCUGAGCACUGAGCUUAAUAACAAGCUCAACGGAGAUGAAGGAAAACUCGCAAGAGCUUUCGACUGCCCCUCGACGCCUCUGCAAGGACUCGAACCGCUCUCAGCAGCUCCAGAGUCACAGGAAACCAAACUCAUCCUGAGUGCUAUCAGCGGGCUGUCUCGUAUGAUGACGGACACCAUGGCGAGGUACAUGCAGAGGGUCGACGAGAGGUUCGAUGGGGUGGAGGCCAGAUUGCAUUCCUUCGAGAAACGUCUGCCCCGAUCAACAGAAGAUGAGGAGGACGUCCCCAGGAAAAAAAGACGUGUACAAAAUCCAAAACUUGCGGAAGCAGUUCGCCGCCUGCACAACUCGAAGAAUACUCCUUUACGUUACAAUCCAGAGGAAGGGGCCGUGGGUGAUGUCCGCAGCUCCAGGGAUGACAUGAGGAGUGACCUGAAGACACUACAGGAGCAGGUGGCUGCCAUGCAACAGCAGACCUCCACCAGGACCCAGACCCCUCACAGAGUUCCCCUGGAGCUCUCGGCACGAGUGAGGCGAACGCAUCGCAGGCUGCGGGAGGAGCUGCAGUGGCGACUGGGACCACAGUACAGCUUUAGGUCACCUCAUAAUGAGGAGGUCACCAAGGCCAUCAUCCAAGCCAUUGAGGAUUCUGGGGAGAGCUGGGGACCAGACUUACUCAGAAGAGCCUGCAAUAGAUUCUACGAGAAUCUUAAAAGUCAAAAACGACUGAACCUUGCGGGGAGGAUUGAUGAGGUGAAGAGAAGGAAAAAGCUGACGAGCAGACGUGAGCGGCUUUUCAAGCAGCGACUGCUGGUGGCGCAGGAUGUCUUGGAUGAGGACGACCUUGAGUACCUGAGAGGAGCGGACGCCAGCCUUGUGUCCGAUGAGGAAAGUGGGGAGGAGGACAAGGGCACGUUGGUGGUGCUCUCUCCGAGGUGGAGAAGUGCGCGCCUCACGCGUGUACUGCAUCGAUGCCAGCAGGCGCUGGACGUAAAAGGGAGGACGAGCAGUAAUCCAGCGAGUUUGAGGCGGCGCCGGCGAGUGACAGAGAGGGGCCGGUUCUCCUCUCGGGAUCCUCCUGCUGCGGCCGAAAAAGCAAUUUAUGUUGAAGCAUGAUUUAAAUGUAAAAAAUAUAACAAUAAAAAAAAA